AUGUCUGACUUAUGUCCAGUUUAUGCUCCAUUCUUCGGUUCCAUUGGUUGUGCCGCUGCCAUUGUCUUCACAUCUUUUGGUGCUGCUUACGGUACUGCUAAGUCCGGUGUUGGUAUUUGUGCCACCACUGUUUUGAGACCAGACUUACUUGUUAGAAACAUUGUCCCAGUUAUUAUGGCUGGUAUUAUUGCCAUUUACGGUUUGGUCGUUUCUGUCCUUGUUUCAUACUCUUUGAAACAACAACAAGCUUUGUACACUGGUUUCGUCCAAUUAGGUGCUGGUUUGUCUGUUGGUUUGUCUGGUUUGGCUGCUGGUUUUGCCAUUGGUAUUGUUGGGGACGCUGGUGUCAGAGGUACCGCUCAACAACCAAGAUUGUUUGUCGGUAUGAUGUUGAUUUUGAUUUUCGCUGAAGUUUUGGGUUUGUACGGUUUGAUUGUUGCUCUUUUGUUGAACUCUAGAGCCACCCAAGAUGUUAUCUGUUAA